CGGCUCCUUGCGCCGGCCCUAGUCCUGUCCCCUCCUCGGCCUCGACUCCCGGAGGUCUCCUCGCGAGCUCACCCGCCGCCCGCCGCUCGCCCCCCGCGCCGAUCUCCAUCUGCGAGCAGCGGCCCGCGCCGAUCUCCAUCUGCGAGCUCCAUCUGCGAGCAGCGGCCCGCGCCGAUCUCCAUCUGCGAGCAGCGGCCCACGCCGGCGUCCUGCUGCUUCCGCCGCCGGUCCGCCCCUGCUGUGGUGUGCCGCAGUCCGGGAGGAUGGCGGAGCCGUCCAAGGUGAUCCACAUCCGUAACGUCGGGCACGAAAUCGCUGAGGCUGAUCUACUGCAGCUAUUGCAGCCGUUCGGCAAUGUCGCCAAGAUCGUCAUGCUGCGUGCCAAGAAUCAGGCACUUCUCCAAAUGCAGGACUUGCACAAUUCCGUGAGUGCGCUGCAGUACUACAGUGCUGUUCAACCUAGUGUAAGGGGAAGGAAUGUGUACAUGCAAUUUUCAUCCCACCAAGAACUUACCACUGACCAAAGCUCUCAUGGACGGAAUUCAGAUCAGGAGUCAGAACCCAACCGAAUCCUCUUAGUUACUAUUCACCACAUGAUGUAUCCUAUAACUGUGGAGGUUCUGCACCAAGUUUUCAAAGCUUAUGGAUAUGUGGAGAAGAUUGUCACGUUUCAGAAGUCAGCUGGUUUUCAAGCCCUUAUCCAGUAUCAAUCACUCCAAGAAGCUGUGGAGGCAUUUGGUGCUUUGCAUGGAAGGAACAUAUAUGAUGGUUGCUGCCAGCUGGAUAUUCAAUAUUCAAAUCUUAGCGAACUGCAAGUCCACUACAACAAUGAUCGUUCUAGGGAUUUCACAAACCCAUCAUUGCCUACCGAACAGCGUCCAAGGGGCUCUCAGCAGCAAGGCUAUCCAGAUCCAGGUGGUCUUUAUGCCUUCCAACAACCAGGAGCUUCAUAUGCACAGAUGGGAAGAGCUGCAAUGAUCGCAGCUGCAUUUGGUGGAACUUUACCCCCUGGGGUAACUGGUACAAAUGAACGUUGCACACUAAUAGUCAGUAAUUUGAACACUGAUAAAAUAAAUGAAGACAAGCUUUUCAAUCUGUUCUCUCUGUAUGGGAACAUAGUCCGAAUCAAAAUACUGCGCAACAAACCAGAUCAUGCCCUUGUUGAAAUGGCUGAUGGGUUUCAGGCUGAGCUAGCUGUGCAUUAUCUAAAGGGGUCAGUGUUAUUUGCAAAGAAGCUCGAGGUUAACUACUCGAAGUACCCCAAUAUAACAUCCGCUCCUGAUGCACAUGACUACACAACUUCUAGUCUUAACAGGUUCAAUAGCAAUGUAAUCAAGAACUACCGACAUUGCUGUGCUCCAACAAAAAUGAUCCACAUUUCAGCCCUUCCACAAGAGAUCUCUGAGGACACAAUUCUCAACCAUGUUUCUGAACAUGGUUCUGUUGUAAACACAAAGCUAUUUGAGGUAAAUGGCAAGAGACAGGCACUCAUCCAAUUUGAGAGCGAAGAGGAGGCGACUGAAGCCCUUGUAUCAAAACAUGCCACCUCGCUGGAGGGUAACACAAUCAGGAUCUCAUUCUCCCAGAUGCAGAGCAUAUAGAAACUCAAUCCUGGGGAACUAUUCAGCUAAUCGGACAUGACGAGUAGCAACCUUUAUUUAGGAAAGCAUUGAACUUUAGAUGUGAAUUCUGUGCCGUGUUCUUCCUGUAGGCCGAUGCUGUCUUUGCUGUACCAUGCCGUGAGUCUGUGAGUGAACAAUCUUGACGUUGGGGCCUUUUGCUGCGCCAAAUGGUUUUAAGCUUCUUUUCUUUCCCUUGUUGGUUUUAGGUAUCCAAAGGAUUGUGUCUGGAUAUUGUGGCUGUUCUAAGCGAAAGAGUUCUGCCCUACCGUGAAC